AGCUGCAGCUUUGGCCAGCCUGAGAAAUGAAACCCACAGAUUGGAGAAGCCCAGAACCAGGCUCUCCCUUCCCCACUGAGCAAUCCUCACUGGGGGGCCACGCAGCUCACAGUGAGGGCUCUGGAGAUGGUCGCCAGGGGUUACGGGACUGGGAACACAGCGCUGCUCACCCUGCUGGGCUGGCUCGGGGGUUUGACCAUUUCAGAGCAAGCUCAGCUCCGACUGGUGAAUGGCUCGAGUCACUGUGCUGGGAGAGUCGAGGUGCUUCACAACCAGCAGUGGGGAAGCGUGUGUGAUGUUGACUGGGACCUAAACGAUGCUGGAGUUGUGUGCAGGCAGCUGGGUUGUGGGACGGCAUUGUUAGCCCCAGGGAGGGCUGAGUUUGGAGAAGGGUCUGACCCCAUCUGGCUGUCUGAGGUUAACUGCACAGGGAGAGAAGCUGCCCUCACGGAAUGCUGGAGUGGGCCUUGGGGAGUGCAUGACUGUAGCCACAGAGAAGAUGCCAGUGUUGUGUGCUCAGGGCCUGCUAUGUCCCUUGAAGUCUGGCUUCUCCGCUCUGCCCUGGUUCUGCUCCUGCUGGUGUCUGCCCCGAUCAUCACCUGCAUCCUGAAGAAAGGAGCCCCCACCCUCCCUGAGCCCCUGAGAACUGGCAGUGGCAGCAAGGAACAGCCUGGAGAGGACCCAGUGAUGGGAGAGGAGUCGGUUAUAUACGCCAAUGUCUCAAAUUUUGAGAGCACCCACGGACCUCAGAGAGAGAUGUACUGACUAGGAUGAUGCCAGCAAGAUAGGGCUGCGGGGGAGCCUGGCCUGGAUUGGGGAGAUGGAAGCUUCACCUCCUAGCCUCCAAACGUUCCACCCUCCCUGUCUCUUGCACUAGUGCCUGUGAGGGGCACGUGCUGGACGGCUGUGACUAUCCUUCGGGAUGGGGAGGGCUGUGCUAGCAGCAAAUAUCCUGACUGUCAUUUAAUGGCAGGGCAUGUUCUGAACAGGGCUUAUUUUAAAUAAAUUUAGGAAAUACCUGGAACAGCCAGUUUUAUCAGCUGUGUCACCUUGUUAUGGGGUCAUGAGUUAGCCUGUGCACACCACUCCCUCCAGUGGAGAGACUCAGAGCGUCUCAGCUGCAUGCCUUAAACCCAGCACUGGGAGGAACUGACAGCUCCUCUUUUAGCUCAGAGAGUUGGUGUUGCCAAGGCAGGUGCUCUGUGCAUCUCCCAUUCCUCCUCCUCCCAUCCCCUAGGCCAUGGGCAGGCCAUGGGCUCUGUGUGCCCCCAACUCUCCCUUCUCCUCUAACGUACCGUGGAGGUCAUUGCCAGGGGUGGCUGUUAAUGUUGCUGCUGUGAACGGGGACACACACACACACAAUCUCAGCAGCUCAUGGACUGUGACGUAAGCUAGGCCACAUUA